AUGCUCUUGAAUGUAAAAGAGCAGUGAAGUGGUUGUGUGACUAUAUUGUUACACAAUGCUCCAGACCUCCCCAAGCCCAUAGCAAGGAUCUACACAGUAGUAUAGUAGCAGCAUUCCAGGUGUGCGCGACCUGGCUUGUCCAUCAUCCUUACCUACUAGGAGAUAAAGAGUGUUUGGCUUCUGUGGUAGAGGUUGCUGAACUUGGAAUAUCAGGUUCUAAGUCUCACCAGAAGAGCAGUAACCCUCCAGUAGUGAAGGAGGAGAAGGCCUUGAACCCGGUCUCAAAGAGGGUAAAGGAUGCAGCAGAAAACUUCCUCUCUGUUGUAAUGGAGCAGGUUGGAUAUUUUCCAAGUUUAUCUGGAUCUGAGUCCUUGAGCUCUCUUCUGGACGAGUCUACCCUCCUACUGCAGUCCAGUUCAUGGGGUGGAGAGCAGGUUACCAACCAGACUGCGGUCCAGGCAUUUAGAUACUUCGUCAUAGACCAAACAGUCGUGCUGGGGGUUCUAGAGGAGUCUCUGGGAAACAGUCAGGAUCCACAGCCAACUGUUACAGCCAUUAUUAGAUGUCCUAGUAACAAGGCUGUCUGGACACUGCAAUUGCGCCAUUUGCCGCGUCACAAAUCGGGUCAGGUUCAGAGAACAGCUAAUCCGGGAAGACCACUGGCGAUGUCUGAAAAGGGGACAAGGAAGGAUUUUAAACCUUGCUUCUUUCCUGACUCAAUAGACAGAAUCCCCCUUUGUGCCGCGGACAGGUCUAUUCCUGCAGUAGAGAGUAUAGCUGGAGAUGAGAAUACUGCCCAAGAGUUGGACAGGUUAUCUAGGCUCAUGGAGCAGCAGUCCAUUUUAGAGAAGGAGCUCACCCACAGGAUAGAAGAAGAGGAUAGCUACAGUGUCGAGUUUGAGAGUACUCCACCAGAGCCAACAUCAGAGUUCCAAACCGCUCGUCUUAUCCUCUCUCAUCUAGGGUUUCUCUCCAUCCCAGCCCUGCGAGGUGCACUAGACUCCCCUAUUCCUCGUUUAGUAUCGCUGGAGAAUGACACCCCACAGUUCUCAAUGGACCUGGAGAACCUGGAUAAAUUAAGUCCCCGAACCUUCGACACAAUGUAUGCUUACUAUGUCCGGUCCGGACAAUCUCAAAGCGAAGACAUUUUGUCAAAUAGUUCGGCUGGGGAUUUGAAUCCUCUUUAUCUAGAGAUGUUGGCAGCUAUAGGUUGGCCGGCAAGUGUAGCCUCUCAUCCAGGUUGGACUGGAGACAUGGGAACUAGUUGGUGCAUUCUGGAGGAACCAGCGCCUUUAGACCAGGGACCAGGCCCAGUCAGGUUCGAUGGAUCACGAGGUCUACUCUACUGGGCAGAUGUAUCAUCAGAACUAGCUCUUCUUGUUCCGUCAGGGUCUCCUGUAGAUUCCCGUCCUUGCUCUGCUCAAGGUUCAUCCUUCAUUGCUCAAGAUAAUAUCUCCACACACAGUUCCACCUCCUCUUAUGGUAAAAGUGAACGAGAUGAGGGAGAUGCAUCUCUAUCCUUAGACCUGGAGAGGGAUGGGUUUAGUCGGAGAAAGGUUGGCAGAGCUCAGAAUGUCCCUGAGUUGAGAAACCUAACUAGUAGCGAUCACAAGGUUGCUGUGGUCUGGGUGGAGAGUUUAGAGGAUGCUCUUCUGUUCCCAGGAUCAGAACUUGGAGUCUUCUGUCUUGUUAUAUUCGUUCAUCCGCUCAGUACAGGACUUCUUAGGAUCAAGCUAGCAGGGCAGGGAGGCAGGAUGAGUACGGCUAUACCUUUGGUGGAUGGAAUGGUUGUUUCAAGGCGCGCUCUUGGUUCUCUUAUUCGUCAAACUGCAAUGAAUAUGUGCAGAAGGCGUAGGCUGGACCAGGACUCAUAUCAACCACCACAUGUCAGGUCAGUAGAUUUAAAGUAAGGGAUGGUUCAAAUAUUAGAAUAACGUAGGGGCUA